AUGCUGUCCCAGUUUGCUCUCGCGGCGUCGGGUGCUUUCCCCGUCACCUACACUAACUGCGGCGUCGAGAAGACACUUCAGACGACCCCGGAGAAGGUCGUGACCAUGAACCAGGGCUCGCUCGAGUUCAUGCUCUCCAUGGGCCUCCAGGACCGCAUCGUCGGCACACGCGGCGUCACCUCCGUCCUCGACCCGAUCUGGCCCAAGUACAAAGACGCGUACAACAGCGUCCCGGUCAUGAGCGGCGCGGAUGGGAAAUCGUACCCGAGCGACGCGGAGGUGCUCGCCGCGAACGCGGACUACAUCUUUGCGGACUGGAGCAGCGCCUUCUCCGAGUACGCGUGGAACAACGACACGUUGCGGCAGUGGGCGUCUGUGGGCGAAUGCGGCGGACGAGAUCGAGAGCUGGUGCCGCCCCAGCUGCACGACAAAGGCAUCGGCACCUUCCUCUCGGCCGUCUCGUGCGAGGACAAGACCCUGCGGGCGCCGCCGAUUCCAGACACCCUGUACGACACAAUCAAGACCAUGGGCGAGAUUUUCAACGUGCCGACCGUGGCCAGCCAGCUCGUCAAGGAGAUCGAGGCGGACUUCGUCAUCGCCCAACAGACGCUGCAGAAGGCCGCCGGCCACUCUCUCACCGCGGUCUGGCUGGACUGCAUCUCCUGCUGCGAUCAGGAGCCGGAGCUGUCGGUCUUCGUCGGCUCUGGCGGGGGCGCGCCCCAGAUGAUCAUGAAGGAGGCAGGCUUCACCAACCUCUUCAAAGACCGCGAGAACUCCUGGGCGUGCGUCACUGUGGCGGACAUCAUCAAAGCCGAGCCGGACGUGAUGAUCGUC